AUGUCCAAGUACGAAGAUGGAUACAGAACGCCACCAAGGGCACAGGGAAGCAGAUCUGCUGCCCAUUACAACGAUGAGGCAAGGGGAACUCUUCCAUUUCCACCACCAAAGAAGGCGAGAUUCCACUAUUCCUCAUCCAAAGGUCUCACACUCUUACAACACACUUCAUGGGACCACGAGCAAGGACGAGUUUCAGAAACGACGUCCAGCUUGUUGAGCAUUCCACCUCCUUCCUUGAGUCUCAAGAUGAGACGGCCUUUAACAACAUAA